AUGUCGUGGAAAGACUGGCUGUACGGCGUGUUGGCCGCGUCUGCGGCGUUUGCAGCGUUCACAGUAUGGCAAAACCGACCCAAGAAUGAACUUCUUCGACCAAAGACACGUGGAGUAGCUUCGCUUAUUGGUAACACUCCGAUGGUGGAGAUCGAGUCGCUUCUGCGUGUUACUGGGUGCAAAAUCUAUGCCAAACUCGAGCUUAUGAACCCGGCUGGCCUGGCCAAGGAUAGAGUGGCGCUUGCAGUUAUUAGGGAGAACGAAAGACUCGGACGCUUGAGACCUCAUCAUGGAGAUGUUAUCUUUGAGGGUACUUCUGGAUCUACUGGUAUCUCGUUUACGGUGUUGGCUAAUGCUUUGGGAUAUACGGCUCAUAUUUGUCUUCCUGACGAUACGUCGCCUGAAAAGAUGCAGCUUUUGAAAUCCUUGGGUGCUGAAUUGGAGCCUGUCAAGCCGGCGCCUAUAGUUGAUCCUAACCAGUAUACUAAUGCUGCUCGGAACGGUGCUGCCAGAAUCAAUGAAGACGAGGGGAACGAAAGAAACGCUAUUUUUGCUGACCAGUUUGAGAAUGAUUUCAAUUGGAGGGUGCAUUACGCCACUACUGGCCCAGAAAUCUGGACUCAGAUGGACCAGAACAUCGAUGCCUUUGUUACUGGCUCAGGUACUGGAGGUACCAUUCUGGGAGUCUCCAAAUACCUCAAAAGCAAGCUGCCGCUGGUUCGUGUGGUGCUCGCAGACCCUCAAGGGUCGGGUCUUGCGAAUAGAGUUAACUUUGGUGUCAUGUACGAUACUGUGGAGAGGGAAGGUAAAAGAAGACGGCACCAGGUGGAUACCAUGGUGGAGGGCAUUGGCUUGAACAGACUAACGUGGAACUUCAAGCAGGGAGAACAAAACAUAGACAAUGCUAUCAGGGUGACUGAUGACCAGGCGGUGAAAAUGGCCAAGUACCUAUGUGUUAACGAUGGGUAUUUCUGGGGACUGUCAGCAGCGGUGAACUGUGUUGCAGCGGUUAAAACAGCCCAGGAACUCGGCCCUGGCCAUAAUAUUGUCGUCGUUGCCUGUGACUCAGGAGCCAGGCACCUCCUGAAGUUCUGGAAACUGGCUGCUGAGGUUCCAUCUACAAUCACUCUUGAAGAGGUGCUCGCAUAA